GCCCACUUCUCUAUAUAUACGUUCCCCCUCCCUCCAAGGCUUAACCAUUUUUCACAUACUAAACCUCUGAAAAAAAAACACACACACACACACACAUCAAAGAAGAUAAUGGCAAAGGAGUUGAAAGAAAGCUCCAUGUACAUAGAACCUAAACCAACCACAGAAGCUCGCCUAGAAAACGGUGAAGAAGCUGCAAGCAAGAACUUCGACGACGAUGGCCGUGUCCGAAGAACCGGGACGCUGUUGACGGCGAGUGCACACAUAAUAACGGCGGUGAUAGGGUCGGGAGUGCUGUCGCUGGCUUGGGCAAUAGCGCAGCUGGGUUGGGUGGUGGGCCCCUCCGUAUUGUUCGCCUUCUCUGUCAUAACAUACUUCACCUCCACCCUCCUCGCCGACUCUUACCGCUCCCCCGGCCCUGUCCAUGGCUCCAGAAACUAUACUUACAUGGAUGUUGUCCGUUCUCAUUUAGGUGGUUAUAAAGUCGGGCUAUGUGGGCUAGCACAGUACGGCAAUCUUGUCGGAGUUACCAUUGGGUACACAAUUACUGCCUCCAUCAGUAUGGUAGCGGUGAAAAGGUCGAAUUGUUUCCAUAAAGAGGGGCACGGGGCAAAGUGUUCAGUAUCAAACUACCCAUUCAUGGCAAUAUUUGCAGCAAUUCAGAUAAUAUUGAGUCAAAUACCAAAUUUCCAUGAGCUUUCUUGGCUCUCUAUUGUUGCUGCUGUUAUGUCUUUUGCUUACUCUUCCAUCGGCCUUGCCCUCUCCAUAGCUAAGCUUGCAGGUGGAGGGAAUCAUGUGAGGACAAGCCUAACAGGGACGACAGUAGGAGUUGACGUAACAGGACCAGAAAAGGUGUGGAGAAGCUUUCAAGCAAUUGGAGAUAUUGCCUUCGCUUAUGCCUAUUCUACCGUCCUUAUCGAGAUCCAGGAUACAUUGAAAUCUCCACCACCAGAGAACAGGGUAAUGAAGAAGGCAUCUUUUGUGGGAGUAUCAACGACAACAAUAUUCUAUGUUCUAUGUGGUUGCCUUGGCUAUGCUGCUUUCGGGAAUAAUGCUCCCGGAAACUUCCUCACCGGUUUCGGAUUUUACGAGCCCUUUUGGUUGAUUGACUUUGCCAAUGUAUGCAUCGCCAUCCACCUUGUUGGUGCUUACCAGGUAUUCGCGCAGCCUAUAUUCGGCUUUGUGGAGAAGCUUUGCAGAAGGAAAUGGCCGGAGAACAAAUUCAUCACGAAAGAACACGCGGCCAAAAUCCCACUAUGUGGACCUAAUUGCAAGAUCAACUUAUUCAGAUUGGUUUGGAGAACAAGUUACGUAAUAGUAACGGCGGUUGUAGCAAUGAUAUUCCCAUUCUUCAACGACUUCUUGGGAUUAAUCGGAGCAGCAUCUUUCUACCCGUUAACGGUAUAUUUCCCAAUAGAGAUGCACAUUGCACAGACAAAGAUACCGAAAUAUUCCUUCACAUGGAUUUGGCUUAAAAUCCUCAGCUGGGCUUGUCUUGUCGUCUCUCUAGUUGCUGCUGCUGGUUCCAUACAAGGCCUCGCGCAUGAUGUCAAGGCAUACAAGCCCUUCAAAACUCAAUAGCUACUACUUCUUUAAUUACCAUAUAAUUAUAAUAUGUUUUGUUGUAAUAAUAAUUUAGUUCGUUAAUUAAGAAAGUUUUGUUGUAUGCUCCCCUCGAGGAACACAAUUAAAUAUUCAAACACUUUUUUUUUCUGGAUUAUGUAAUAUAUAGAUAGCUAUAA